GCCAAUACUACUAUCGUAUUACCAACACUACAACAAAAACCAGUUACAAUAAGAAUAAUUAUACGGCAACUUCAUCUACAACUUACCAUACUGUCAACGAAACAUCGAAAAUGUGGGAAAAGUGUACAAAUAGUUAUCACAUUUUAUGGCGUGUAUUAUAACGAUUAAAUCAUGCAAUCAUGUGGCCGAUGAGAUACGAAAACAUGACUCGUGAUGAAUGUAGAAAAUGUUUACGAUGUUUAGAAUUAGAAGCUUAUGGAAAUAUGGUGUCUGUCUUACGUGCUCAAGGUCCAUUUACUAGUGAAAAACAAAAGUUGUUACAAGAACUUGCUAAAGUUUUACAUAUUUCUAAUGAGCGACAUCGUGCUGAAGUACGAAGAGCUGUUAAUGAUGAAAAAUUAGCAACAAUAGCUGAACAAUUAAGUGGUCCAAAUACUGGUACUGAUUGGACUAUUGAAGGUCGUCGUGCUAUUCCACUUUUGCCAAGAUUAAAGGCUCGAUCUGCAUUCACAACAUUAGCAAAUAGUUUAUCCCUUGCAACAGUAGCAGCAAACAAAAGGAAUCUUCCUGUUCACGAGAAAACAGAGGAUGCAAAAGAUAUUAGAAAUGAAUCUCCCUUGAAGAUUAAAGUACAAGAAAACUCUUUUAAUAAUCAUGAGAUUGCAUCUAAUAAAGAUAAGUUAAGUGAUGAAAAUGUUCUAACUGAGGUUACUGAAUCAGAUAGGAAUAAGGAAAUUAAUAAUCAAAGCAAUACCUCUGAUGGCAGUGAAAAAUAUAUUGUUUCUGAAAAACGUAAACCUUCUUCUCCUCUUUCACCAACACUUCCAAAUAAGGUUUUGGUAGUAUCUUCAAGUUCAAUAGGAGCUAUUAAUCAUGGUACUACUGAUAAAGGAUCAUUUGAAAAUACUAUUCAUUUAUCACGAAUGCCUACAAAUUCAUUACAGCAUCAAAAUGUCACUAUAAUACCAUUAAAUAUUAAUUGUGGAGAAAGUGAUUCAGAAUCUAAGGAAUUAGCAGUGCAAGACAAUGAAAGUAAUCAUUCGGUAAUUUCAUCUAGUAAUUUUAUGAAUACAGUAAUACCAAUAGGUACAACAAAUAUUACAAAAGCUAAAGGAAGAAUUAUUACACAAAACAAACUUAAUACAAAAAUCGGACCAGCAAUUUUAGUGUCUGGCAAUGUAUCAUGUGCAUCGGGAAAUAAUUUUCAAUCUGAUAUACAAGAUACAUCUAUACAAGAUAAUUUAAGUCCUAAAACAUCGUCUAUAUCUCAUAAUUUACAAAAAGCAUCAAGUUCAGAAAAUUCAAAUUCAAUUACAAGCAACACAAAACGUAUUGUGCCAGUAAUACAUUCUAAUGUAAAAUCUCCAAUAACUAAAACUAUUACUUCAAGUAAUUCACAUCGAUUGAUGACUGUUUGUCCUGUUACAACAGUUUCUAAUGGACCAGGACCACCUCAAGCUAAGCAGAUAACAACAUUAACUUGUAAAAAAUUACCUACAACGCUCAAUAAUCAAACCACUGCCAAGAUGGGUGUUACAUUAAAUUCUAAUAAAACUGUAAAUAUAUCUCAUCAUCCUGAUACGAAAUUAGGAUCUAAAACAAAUGUGAUUGUUAUACAAAAGGGUCAAACCAAAGGUGUAACUCUUUCUCAAGCAGGCAAGGAAGUAUUAGGAAAAGUAAUAAUGGGUGGAAAAAGUUUGUGUGUCACGAGUCAACAUAACACCUCCAUUAAUGUAGUACCGCGUCAUGUUACGUUGAAUAAUGGAGAUCAAGGUUUAACUGUAUUAUCCACAACAAACUCGUCUCAUACAGAAUCUAUAACAUCCAAUAUAAAGUCUGGUAAUACAAUUAUGUUCAAUCUUCGGCAAGAUGUUCUGGAAAAAAAUAAGGCACUCUCUCAUCUCCUUGAAUCAUCUAAUGUUCUUACCUCUGAAUCUAAGACUGUGAUACAAAAUACUAAUGCUCUUCUUUCAAAGGAACCAAGUAACAGUGAUUUACAUGUACAGGAUAAAGAGCUAAUUGUAAAAACCGAUGCUGUAAUUACUACUGUUAAAGAUGAGACACACAGCCAAAUCGAGCACGCAACGAAAUUUUGCACAUAUGAUAUACAUAUAUACGUUAAAUAGAAAAGUUUAUGAUUCUGACAUUUGCUCACGCUUUAUAUCAUUAACAUAAUGCAUGUAAGAUAUAAACAAAAUCUUUAAAGAUCUAAGUAGGAUGUUAAGUAAAUCUUAUAUGUAUAGUACUAUAAAAUCAUACUAAUAUUAUAGUACUAAAAAUCAUAAAUUUUAAAAUGAUUGUAUUGAUUCCAAUUUUAGGUUUUUAGAAAUGACUUAAUGAAUCUUAUUAAUAAAAUAUUUAGAAAUGUAAAUUUAAAAUAAUGAUAAAUAUGGACAUUUCUUUAAAAUAAGAAAAAUUUUAAUUUUGUUAAAAAAGUAUAUAAAUUAAAAAAAAAUGAUAAAUUUCUAAAUUAUAAAUUAUUUAUAUAAGUCAUUAGAAGAACAUAACGUUCAUUUAAUAGAAUGUUCCUGUAUAUAACUUUAAUGUUCAGCUAUUCCACAAUUAAACAUAAUUUAUUCAAAAUAAAAAAUUUUUAUUAAUUUAAAAAAUAAAAAACAAAUCUUAAACUUUGAAAAUUAAGAAUUAUAAUAUCUAAUGAAGAAAUUUAAAUAAGCUUAAUUUAUAAAUUGAAUUUUUAAUGGAAUGGCUGAAAUAUAUAAUAAUAAAUGUUUGUAUAAAAAAUUAACAUUCACAUAUUUAUUGUUCAUAAAUAAUUUACACAAAAAUUAAAUUUAUUAAUUAAAAAAAUGUGCAAUAUUACAUAUAUUUCAAUUUAUUGCAGUUUAUUACACAUAUAAUUGUAUAAUUUUAAUAUUUCUACAAAAAUAAGAAUUAUUUCCCAAUUAUAUAUUUUUCAUUGCUCUAUUUCCUUUUUCUUUUAAUAAGGAUUUAAGAAUAUGUAUAAUAGUUGUAUCUUGUAAUUAUCUUAUGUACUUAUAUCAAAAUAUGAAAACAAUAAUAAUAUUAUAAAAGUGAUCUUUAUUAUCAUUAGUUACAACAUUGUAGUAUAUUAAAAGAUAUUAAUAUGGACGAGGAGGUGGUCCACCACGCAUCAUACCUGGAGGUGGACCUCUCAUUCCAGGUGGUCCCAUUGGUGGACCUCCACGUCCCAUAGGUGGCAUUCCUGGUGGCAUUCCUAUAAACAAUAAAUUUAAAAUUUUUUAAAUAUAAAAAAAAAUUAAUUUUUUGUAAAUCUCCUUUAAUAAUUUAAAUAAAAUUCUAUAAAAUGUUACCCAUCAUGCCUGGUGGUGGACCCAUCAUUCCAGGUGGAGGACCUCCAACUGGCAUACGUGGAGGAGCACCUGGAUGCAUUUGUGGUGGUGCAGAAACUUGACCUCUACCUCCAGGAGUCAUUAUUUGUUGUGAAGGACCUCCAACACCUCUAACAGGACCUUGUAAACCAGCAGGUACUCCAGCAACAUUGGCAGGCAUACCACGUCCUGCAGCACGACCCAUACCAGGUCCAGGUGCUGCACCAGGAAUAGGUACUCUAGGUAAUCCUUCUUCUGGAGGUGGAGGGCCUUCUACAGUGAGAGAAACUAUGUUUUCUCCUCUUAAGAGUACAAAACCUAAUACACGUUUAUCUUCUCUCUCUGGUUGUUUUGUAUUUUUUGGUUUAAUUUUACGGAAUUCUUCACAAUCACCAAGUAUAAGAUUCAUAUGUUUAUCAAAGGCUUUAAAUGUGCCUAUGAAUGUCCUUGAAUCUUGCAAAAUAAUUCUGACUCUAUAAUUGAUAUGUUGUAGCAUUUUAUUGUUUUUACCAAUCGUCUGAAAAAAAAAAUAUAUAAUUAACAUAAUUUUAACAAAAAUUGAUAAGUUUAACAAUAUAUGAUAAAUAUUAAUUUAAAUCAAAAUAAAAUUUAAUUUUUAAGAAUAAAAAAAAUUUUAAGAAUUAUAUUUUUUCUAUUGAAAUUUAUUAUAAUUAUUAUAAUAUUUAUUUAUUAUAUUAUUAUAAUUAUUAAAAUAUUCAAAAAAAUUUUAAAAACGAUAUCAAAAAUUUUUUAUAUAUUUUGUUUAACGCUUAUUAAAUUUAAAUUUUAAAUUUAUGAGGUUAUGAUAUCACAUUUGUAUAGUUUUUAAAAAUAUUUAUAUAGUAUUAUACUUCAUUUACCAUUUUAAUUGAUUUUAUUAAUACCAAAAAAAUUAAAAACAAAUUAUUAUAUUCUGCUUAUUUCAUAAAUAACUAUCAGAUAAUACAGAUCUAGAAUUAUUACACUAAA